CCAUUCGGUUGAACAGAGACACAAGAAGACAAAAACACACAACGACACAACACAACAACAAGAGUAUAAAGUUCACACAACGACGAAUUAAAAUAAUAAGAAGAAGUAGUCAUCACAGAAAAAAAACGAAUAAAAUUAAACAAAACAAAACAAACAAUAAUUGCGUAUUUCGGCAUCAAGUCACAUCUUUCCAUUUGCACAUGCGAUAUAUAAAUGAAUAAAGUCAGUUGCUCGUGUUUUAUUUUCACGGCAUCAUUUUAUCGUGCAAACGUUGUUUUUUCCACUCGGGAUUUGAAAAACGGGAGAGAGAGACAGAGAGAAAAGAGUACGAGUAACAAAUACGAAGUAAUAAACAUACAUAAACUUAAAAAUGGUCGAAAGUGAGAGAAGGAGAAAACACAGAACAGAAAUAAGAAAAAAACGGAAAAACGUUGACGAUUAACUAUCGCCUGAAUCGAUCGACAGUUCUCAGAACAUUGUGCACAUAUUUAAAAUACAGAGUAAAAAAUGUAAUUCACAACGCCGCGCGUUUGAAGCUCCGAUUUCUUUUUUUGGUUUUAAUUGAAACGUACUAAGCUUACUCUCGGUACAUGCAAAUAACGUUCACUAUAUCAGUUAAUAUAAACAACGGCGGAAGAAUUUUUUUUCAAAAAAAAACACUCACGCACACACAAACGAAAUCGAAAAGAACAUGCAUUCUGUCAGUCUCCUCUUGCACAAUUUGCAAAAGUGACAAUAGAACAAAUAAUAGACAGACCAGACUUACGACCAUAACGUAAAAACACACGAAAGAAGAGAAAAUAAUAAUAAUAAUAAGAAGAAGAAGAAAAAACGCAACGAAGAAAUAAAAUUAAAAUAUUAUUAUUUGUCAUCCCGCAUAUUAACUCACGCUGUUGCUGCUGCUGCUAUUGCUGUUGCUUAUAAUUCAAUUAAAUUGGUUUGAAUGAACAAUACUCGCUCGUACUCGUGCUUUCAACGACUAUUACAUUUUGAUUGCGAUCCAUUUCGGUCGCCUAGUUGUUCCACAUCAGUGGAUUGCUAUCGAUACAUUUGCAUCAUCGUAGGCCACAUGCAAUGAUGAAAAUUCAAUUUUUCAAAAAGAAAUGGCUGACCGAUUUUCGGCAGGUAAUUGAUACAGGAUGAGUCACAUGAAAAUCGAACCACAGCCUGACACGGAGAAACCGCCGGAUAAUGUACAAAAUGUAAACGCUGUUGAUAAACAAGAAGAAGAAGAGGAGGAGGAUGAUUUGGAUGACACAAUGACUGAAGCUGCACCGAGUCCAGAUAGUGCUGAAAUUAUUGAAGCUGAAACGGUAUCGGUACCAGUACGAGAGCAACAAGAAACGGAACGUGGGCGUGACAAAGAUCUGGAUCGGGAAAAAGAACGGGAUCGCGAACGUCGAAGUAAUGGUCGAAGUGGUAGCCGAAGCAAAGAUCGAAAUGACCUAUGGGAAAUUGAGCGAUGUGUUCCAUCGCUGUCGCAUGCAGAUGACAACAAUGGUGAAGCGGUACCGAUUGCGUCACGCAUAAGAAUUCGCCGACAAACGAUGUUGGUGGAACAGAUAAGCUCACCGAAGCCAGCCAAACCGACAAAACGACGAUUGUCAGCGAUGACGGAACGAGUGUCGGAAACCGAUUCAAAUCGAAAUCGAUCGUCAGCGGAAAUAGUCAACGAAACGGCACCGAACAAAGCGAAGAGAAUACGUUUCAGCGACGGUGUGCCAGAGAAACAAGCGCCAUCAAAAUCGAUUCCGGAGCCAGUUACACGGCCUAUUGAAUCGACACCAAAACAAUCGAAACACAGUUCGAAUCAUGCCAAAUCGACACCCGUCACAUCAAAUCGCAAAAAUUCAACCGCGCCGGGCAAAUCGACCCCAUCUUCUACUACUACAACAACAAAAACGACGACAGCAGCAUCGACAACUUUAUUGACGCCCGGUAAAUCAACGGCCGUGUUGGGACCAGCGAAUAAAUCAACGCCGAAAAAUCGUGAUAAGAAAUCUAAAGGCCCGUCAACACCAUUAAUAACUCAGUUCUUUUCACAAUCAUCUCCACUCAAAUGUGACAACUGUUCAGCGAUACUCAACAGCCGAAAUGAGCUGAAUUUCCAUGCAAAAAUCCACAAACGCGGACGUUGCAUCAAAUGCAAAGAAACCAUUGACAAUAACAAUAUUGCGGAUAGCAUUCACAAGCACAUGAUAUCAUGUCUUUUUUUGAGCAACGAAAUACCCAAAGAGUAUCUGACACAUUUGCUCAAAGUUAAGGUUGAUCUCGAUCGACUGACGCCGCGCAAAAUUGACGAAAUACAAAGAAGCCUACGUCCAGUGACGGCUGCUGAUAGUGUUGCCAGAAAGAAACCAGGACCAAAGUCUAAGCAGCGUGAGAGGUAUUUGGAUGGACCUGAAGUCGCAAAUCGUUCCGAACCGCAAUCAGACGAAACAGCAGCGGUGGCAUCUGAGGUCACAACGAAAGAUACCCAGAAAUUGACCGAUAAAAAUGGUGAAAUUCUAGCGGAUAAAGCACCGGGAGCGGCUAAAGCGGCAAAUGAAGACGGAAACGAUGAUAAGCCCGUCACAAAGAAGUCAAAAGCCAAAAAGACGCCCAGCAAACCGAAAAACACGAGCUGUGAUGUGAGUGAAGAGUUCACUAUAGCUGGAAAUCAAACGGCUGCAUUGAAUUGGAUCGAUGAAACACUAAAAGAGAAACCAUUUUCUCUGCGAAAUUUCGAAACGGACAAGCCGAUAUACAAUAAUAUAAAAUCGGUGCCGAUCGCUGAUGUAUUGACCAAGCAGAAAUUGGCCACAAUCAUCAAGAAUAUAAAUCAGCGUAAGGGAAAUACCAUUGGCCUGGCUAAUGAAAAUGGUCGAAAAUCGCACGGUUUGAAUGAGACAACGCCAGCCAAACAAACAGAAAUCGGAAUGAAUCAAUCGAAACCGGUUGAAAAUGGAUCGAAUCGAGCUUCAUCCAAUGUGCCAACGGUUCAACCGCCAUUACAAUCGCCAAUUCAAAACAGUUCAACGACAGCACAUAACUCAUCGAUUCCCAUAAAAACACCGACUCGUCUAAAUCCACCACAAGUGCCAGUGGUACAACCAGUGAUUGCAAUAAGUCUAGCCCCACCAAAUGCAAGUCAAGCAGUAGCAAGCCCAGUAGCAAAUGCUACUGGUGGACCGAUGCUACCACAGCUAUUAUCCUUGCCAGCACGUGUGCCAAUGCGACUCCGAGCCAUGUCGAUGCAUACAUCACAGAAUGAAUACUCGGCCGCUGGUCGCCUCUCGUCGAUGCGUCGCCAAUCAGUUUGUGAUAAUAAUCCACCGGCAAAAACCAACAGUCCUUCUGCGUUAUCAAAAGUGACCGCUUUGGAUCAUUCGUACACAAAUAGCACGGCCGCUAAAGCACCCGAAACGACAAACAAGAUGCGUCUCAAUGCUGUACAAUAUCUACCACUACCAUACAUGACAAAGGUGCAUCAUGUACCACCGGCACCAGCACAGCCACAACCGCAGCCGCAGGCAAAAACUCCAAAGCUACCAACGACCACACUAAAAGUUCUAACCCCCGAUGACCUCAAUUCACGUGCGAUGAAUGCAGCUCAACCAUCACAGGCAAGUCCAAAUCCACGGAUGGACAGUCCCAAUUCGACGGAGAAUCAUUUAAACAACAAUCAAGUCACAUCAACAAAACAACGUCCACGUACCAAGACCACACCGUUACGUCCACUAGCACCCGCGCCGUCCCAGCUUAGUGACGAUGCAAAUAUUUCAAUUUCGGUAUCACUAUCGCGCGUGGGUAAAGAUUAUGCCGAAUUGAUUUUAACCCUUGAACAACAGCGGCUCCAAUAUGAUAAUUUAACGAUGAAACGAAAACAAGAAGUGCAACAAUCAUUGCUAAAAGACAAUGUCUGGUUGCAAAUGCUCAAUCAUUUGAAAGAUAUUCAACCGACCAAUGAAACAUUGGCAUUGUUUGAGAAAAUUCUACCAAAACCACAGCAAAAUCAAUUUUUUGCGGAAUUGAAACGGGUGUACGGCAACCGAAUCGGAUAAAUUUAAUUUUUCGACGAAAUGAAUCAAAUAAAACACACGGAAAAUCAAUCUGAUUUUCAUUGCGAAGGAAAAAAUCGAUUUUUCUUUCUGACGGCGAUAAUCGAAGGAGGAACAAAACUGGAACGAAGCAAUCUUUUUCAAAUCAAUGUCCGAAAGUUCAAGCGAAAUACAAAACAAAAGCAAGAAUAUUAUUCAUAGUCAUAAACGUGUUCAACGAAAGGGAAAUAAAACCAACACACAAACCCACAAAUCAUCAUAUCCCGUCGUUAAAUUGGUUUUAAACACAAUGAAAAAAAGCAAAACAUUAUAAUCAAAUGUCAAUUAUACAACUUUGUUGUAAAUGUUUUCAUUUGGAAAACCAGAGGCCUCCAUCCAGGUCGAAAUAUGACGAAAACGAAAACGAAAAGAAACUAAAGACGAAUAUUAAGUUUGUAAGCAAUUUAUAUAUUCGCAUACGACCAAUUCAGAUAUGUAAUGCACCAAUUAUUUUGGCGCCGCACAAUCGGUCCUCUUUUUUUUGGUCGACAAAAAUUAUUUUCGGAUACAUGUGUAAGAAUGAAGAUUUGCCAGUUUUACUUUUAUAAGUAUAAAAUGUCGUACGAAUGACGACCACCUAAUCUAUUUUUCAUACUCUCAAAUUAUUAAGGAGAACGGAAUAAUAUAAACAUUAGUUGUUUAAGACAUGUAUGUCGAUUAAGUUCAAUGCCUUAAUUCCAAACUAAUCGGAAACUGAUGAAACUGAAAUGUGAAUUUUUGGUGAUAUCAACGAUAAAAAAAUAUCCUUUUUUUCAACUUUAUAAUCUCUGAAUGAAACAUAAUCUUUUUUUUGUUGUUGUAUACAGUUAAAAUCGAGAAAUCUAUAAUAAUUUGCCGAUCGUUUGAUUAGCCGUUAAAAUUCACACAUCGACGAGAAUUUGAAUUUCAAUGUGACCGAAAUAAUUAUGUUAACCAUUAUAAUGGUUCUGUUUGGAGCGGGAUGAAUUUCAAGGGCUGAUCCACGGCGGUAAUAUAUUCCCGAAAAAUGUCUGUAAUAAAAAAAAUAAUUUUGAAAAGUAAA